AUUUUCAUCAUGCAUUACUCUCAUAAAAAUCUGUUCUUGUUCUUCCUGUCGUGCAUUGUGCUAAUAUCCAACUACAACAAUAAUGGCUUCAUAACCGCAACAGGUGAAGUUGGUUUGAACUACGGUCUCCUCGGAGAUAAUCUCCCGCCUCCCUCCGUUGUCAUCAACCUUUUCAAGUCCAUAGGCAUUACUAAAAUCCGAAUCUUCGACCCGAACACUGCGGUUCUCAAUGCCUUACGCGGCCACAAAGAUAUCGGAGUCACGGUAGGUGUUAAGGACCAAGACUUGGCUGCUCUGGCGGGCAACGAAGAAGCUGUUAACGGUUGGUUUGCAACAAACAUCGAGCCUUACUUAGCCGACGUCAACAUCGCUUUCAUUACAGUCGGAAACGAAGUCAUCCCUGGACCGACCGGUCCUCAAGUGCUCCCCGUUAUACAGUCUCUCACCAACCUAGUCAAGUCCAAGAGUCUUCCUAUCUCUGUCACCACCGUUGUGAGUAUGUCCAGCCUCGGACAGUCCUAUCCACCUUCCGCAGGAACGUUCACGCCUCAGGCGCGUGAACAACUCACCCCGGUGCUUAACUUUUUAUCUCAAACAAGUACGCCGAUCUUCGUCAACAUCUACCCGUACUUCCCUUACGCAUCAGACCCAGUGAACAUCCAUCUCGACUAUGCGACUUCCAACAUGGAGACCAUCGUGGUCCAAGAUGGAACCUUAGGGUAUUCAAAAAUGUUCGAUGCAAUGUUCGACGCGUUCGUGUGGGCAAUGGAGAAGGAAGGCGUGAAAGAUUUACCAGUGGUGGUGGCUGAGACAGGAUGGCCGUCAGCCGGGAACGGGGAAUUAACCACGCCUGACAUCGCGGCGACCUACAACGGAAAUUUCCUUAAGCAUGUAGGAAGCGGCACGGGGACGCCUAAGAGGCCUAGCAGUGGUAUCCAAGGGUUUAUAUUCGCAACGUUCAAUGAAAACCAGAAGCCCGCCGGGACUGAACAAAACUUUGGAUUAUACAAUCCUGUUGAUAUGAAACCCAUCUAUAAGCUAUUUUGA